AUGGCAGACAAUGUUGUGACGUUCCUAUUGGAGAAUUUGACUCAGUUGCUCACCCAAGAAGCAAAAUUGCUAUAUGGAGUAGAAGAUCAAGUCAGGUUACUUAAGAACGAUCUGUCUCUGAUCAACAUCUUCCUCCAAAAGACUGCAGGGAAUCGACAUGACAAUUUGGUGAAGGAGCUAGUCAGUCAAAUCAGGGACGUAGCCUACGAGGCUGAGGAUGUUAUUGAUACAUUCAUCGUGACGGUGACAGAGCACAGGAAAAGAAACAUUCUGGAGAAGGUAAUCCAUUCCUAUGACAGAGCAAGUGCGCUUCACAAGGUCGCAAACAAGAUAGAGAGCAUCAAGAAUGUCAUGAACGAAAUUAACAACAAUAUGAGCAAGUACGGCAUAGAAAUAGUUGAAUCAUCUGGAGCAACUACAGAAGCAGCGGAGAUACUUCACAGGCGCAGGAGAUACGUAGAGGAAGAUCACGUGGUAGGCUUUGGUCAUGACACAGAGGCAUUGUUGAAGCAACUUAUUGAAGGGAGUCAACUUAAUGUUGUAUCAAUCAUAGGCAUGGGUGGCUUGGGUAAGACCACUCUUGCUAGGAAGAUCUACAACAACAAUGAUGUCAAGAGCUACUUUGAUUUCCGCGGAUGGGUUUAUGUCUCUCAAGAAUAUAAAGUUAGAGACCUGUUGCUUGAAAUUUUGAAGGGCGUGGCUCCAAUGCCAAAGCUGAAAAAAUUUAUCUUAAAAGCUGAAUUGAAAGAGGAAUUACUCCAUGGUUUGAAAGCUAAGUAUAGCGCGAAUAAAGAUAUGCUGAAAGGGACACUAGUCGAAAACUUGAAAGAUAUUGAGGAAAAGAGUGAUGAAGAAUUUAGAAUGGAAUUAUUUGGAUUCUUGGAACACAUACAAGACCAUCAUUUGAAAAGUUCAUUGUCAGAUUUCGUGAAAGAUAUUUACAAAAAGAAUGGAGAAGGAUGGGAAGAUAUGGAUGACGAUGAAUUGAAAACUGUGUUGCACAAAUGCUUGAAAGACAAGAAGUACCUACUUGUCAUGGACGACGUCUGGACAACUAAACUAUGGGAUGAGGUAAGUACUGCCUUUCCUAAUGAUCUGAAUGGAAGUAGACUAUUGAUCACUAGCAGAAUAAAAGAAGUAGCAUUACAUUCAAAGAGUGCCCCGUAUGAACUCCCAUUUCUUGAACAAGAUAAAAGUUGGGAUCUAUUCUGUAAGAAGACGUUCUGGGGAGGUACAUGUCCUCCAGAACUUGAAAUUAUAGGGAAACAACUUGUGGAAAGUUGCCAUGGUUUACCACUUGCUAUAGUGGUAUUGGGGGGUCUUUUGGCGAAAAAGGAGAAAACUCUUCGAACAUGGUCAAAAUUCGCUGGACAUGUCAAUUGGUAUCUGGCUCAGGAUAGAUCAUCUUGCGGAGACAUAUUGGCUCUAAGCUACGACCACUUACCCCUAGAGUUGAAACCAUGCUUUUUAUAUUUUGGUAUCUACCCAGAAGACUUUGAGAUACCUAUGAGGCAAUUGAUCCAACUUUGGAUAGCUGAGGGAUUCAUACAGCAAACUGGAAUGAGAAAAAAAGAGGAUGUUGCUGAGGACUACUUGGAGGAACUCAUUGAUCGGAGCUUGAUUCAAGUGGCAACGAAAAGGAUAGAUGGAGGAGUCAAAACAUGUCGUAUUCAUGAUCUUCUACGAGACCUCUGUAUAUCGGAGAGCACUGAAGAGAGAUUUCUUGAGGUUCGUUCAGAUGUUAACCUUUCACCCAUGAGCAAAUCACGUAGGAUUUCCGUCCACCUUGCCAACCGUCUAUACACUUCUUCCAACCAUUGCGAGCCUUCAAAUAUUCGUUCUUUAAUAGGCUUUGGGGGGGUUGCUGGGCUCAAGCAUCCUCUUGAUAAACUAUGGGAAAGUAACAAGUUGGUUCGGGUGGUAGACCUUAGAAAUAUGGGCAUUUGUUGCUUAAUCCCAAAAAGUAUUGAAAAUAUGAUCCUUUUAAGGUACUUGAGCAUUCGAUCUGAUAAGCUUCAAGUCAUUCCAGAAUCAAUAUGCAACCUUUGCAAUCUAGAGACUCUGGACAUGAGAAAUUUUGAGUCAGCAAAAGAAGGGGGGAAAUCUAAAAUACCAUGCUUGCCAAAGUGGAUAUGGAAGUUACAAAAAUUAAGACAUUUGUGCAUGGAUGGGCCAAUAUAUCUACCAAGACCUGGAAAAAAAGAAGCUUUACCCAAUCUUCAAGUCCUUACUGGUAUUGCUAUAAAUCAAGACAGUGAGAGUCUCUUUGCCAGGUUUCCUAAUGUAAGAAAAUUAGGAUUGUUUUCUGUAAAAGAGGUGGAUUCAGAGCUUUUGUCAAGCCUACGUCCCUUGAAUGAGCUGCAAACUUUGAAGAUUUAUAAAAAUUUCAAGCUUUCAAGUCCAAUUUCAUUUCAAUUGUCACUCACAAAGAUAACCUUGGUAGACGUAGACUUAUCAGAAGCCACCAUGAGAGUGUUGGGUUGCCUUACCAACCUUCAAAUACUCAAAGCUGUACCAGCAAGGGGCGAUCAUGUCAAGGACAUCAGACUCAAUUUGAAUGAAAGCAGUUUUAGUAAACUUGAAGUCCUUAAAAUGGUACGUAUGCAUGUUUUACAAUGGACUAUGGCGGAAGGUGCAAUGCCAAGCCUUCAACGUUUGGUCAUCAAGCGUUGCCUGUUUGUUUGUCGGCCCCCAGUCGAACUGUGGUCCUUAACUGGCUUGCAGGAUGUGGAAGUUUUACAUCCAUGUUCUCUAUUGAAAAGAGUGCUACCACAGCUGCAGUUGAGGGAUGAAUGUAAGCUCCAAGUCGAUCCACCUCUGGACACAACUAUGUGA